AUGGCUCGCUUCGAAGACGAUCUACGAUAUGGAGGUGGCAGUCCAGCGAGUAGUGGAAGGGGGGCAAGCCGGCAGGGAGGCCCCCCAGCCGGCCCGAGGGUGUACAAGCAGUCAAUGGCCCAAAGAGCCAGGACAAUGGCCAUAUAUAACCCAAUCCCUGUCAAACAAAGCUGUCUCACUGUCAACCGGUCCCUUUUCAUCUUCAGCGAAGAUAACAUCAUACGGAAAUAUGCAAAGAAAAUAACCGAAUGUCCAUUUGAGUACAUGAUUCUAGCCACCAUCAUCGCCAACUGCAUUGUCCUGGCCCUCGAGCAGCAUUUACCGGCGAGUGACAAGACCCCCAUGUCGGAGCGUCUGGAUGACACCGAACCAUACUUUAUUGGAAUAUUUUGUUUUGAGGCUGGCAUUAAGAUCAUCGCUCUCGGGUUUGCAUUUCACAAAGGCUCCUACCUCCGAAACGGAUGGAAUGUAAUGGAUUUUGUUGUCGUGCUAACAGGGAUUCUUGCCACUGUGGGAGCAGACUUUGAUUUGCGGACACUCAGAGCAGUGCGCGUGCUUCGACCGCUCAAGCUUGUGUCUGGAAUUCCAAGCCUUCAGGUGGUUCUGAAAUCUAUCAUGAAAGCCAUGGUGCCUCUUCUCCAGAUCGGGCUUCUUCUGUUCUUCGCCAUCCUCAUGUUCGCCAUCAUCGGUCUGGACUUCUACAUGGGGAAGUUCCACCGCACAUGCUUCAGGAUCGAUACGGGGGAGCAAGCAGCAGAUUUCCCCUGUGGAACCGAACUUCCUGCUCGGAUCUGUGGGAAUGGCACCGUGUGCCAGGAAUACUGGCUCGGUCCCAACUUUGGCAUCACCAACUUUGACAACAUCCUGUUCGCCAUUCUCACCGUCUUCCAGUGCAUCACCAUGGAGGGUUGGGUGGACAUCUUAUAUAAUGCCAAUGACGCCUCAGGGAACACCUGGAACUGGCUCUACUUCAUCCCCCUCAUCAUCAUCGGCUCCUUCUUCAUGCUCAACCUGGUUCUGGGCGUGCUGUCUGGGGAGUUUGCCAAGGAGCGUGAGCGGGUGGAGAAGCGGCAGGAGUUCCUGAAGCUGCGCCGGCAGCAGCAGAUCGAGCGCGAGCUCACCGGCUACCUGGAGUGGAUUUGCAAGGCAGAGGAAGUCAUGCUGGCCGAAGAGGACAAAAAUGCAGAGGAGAAAUCUCUAGAUGGAGCCUGGUACAAGAGAAAGCCCACCAGCAACUCAGUCCUGAAAAGAGUCAAGAAGAGCAAGAAUGACCUGAUCAAUGCUGAAGAAGGGGAGGACCACUUCACUGACAUCUCCUCAGUUGCGUGCGUGUGUGCCUUUGUCCCCACUGCACCCCAAGGAUCCCCGUUCGCCCGGGCCAGCGUGAAGAGCAGCAAGAACGAGAGCUCGUCUUAUUUCCGUCGGAAAGAGAAGAGGGCCCGCUUCUUCAUCCGACGCAUGGUCAAGUCCCAGGGCUUCUACUGGACGGUCCUGUGUCUGGUCGGGCUCAACACACUGUGUGUGGCCAUAGUGCACUACGACCAGCCAGACUGGCUCACCUACGCUUUAUAUUUGGCAGAGUUUGUGUUCCUGGGCCUGUUUCUGACAGAGAUGAGCCUCAAGAUGUAUGGACUGGGGCCCAGAACCUAUUUUCAUUCCUCGUUUAACUGCUUUGAUUUUGCGGUUAUUAUCGGUAGCAUUUUUGAGGUGGUCUGGGCCGCUGUGAAACCCGGAGCCUCGUCGUUUGGCAUCAGCGUUCUUCGAGCUCUCCGCCUGCUCAGGAUAUUCAAGGUUACCAAGUACUGGAACUCUUUGCGGAAUCUGGUGGUGUCCCUGCUGAACUCCAUGAAGUCCAUCAUCAGUCUGCUCUUCCUCCUCUUCCUCUUCAUUGUGGUCUUCGCUCUCCUGGGCAUGCAGCUCUUCGGUGGACAGUUUAAUUUUGAAGAAGAGACUCCCACAACCAAUUUUGAUACAUUUCCAGCAGCCAUUCUUACUGUGUUCCAGAUUUUGACAGGAGAGGACUGGAAUGCAGUGAUGUAUCAUGGGAUAGAGUCCCAGGGCGGGGUCCGUCGGGGGAUGUUUUCCUCCGUGUAUUUCAUCAUCCUGACUCUCUUUGGGAACUAUACCCUUCUCAAUGUCUUCUUGGCCAUUGCAGUUGACAACCUUGCAAAUGCACAAGAGCUCACAAAGGACGAGGAGGAGCAGGAGGAGGCCAUCAGUAAGAAGCUGGCCCUGCAGAAGGCCAAAGAGGUCAAAGAGGUCAGCCCCAUGUCAGCGGCCAACAUCUCCAUCACAGCGGAGCAGCAGAGGUCCCAGAAGCUGAUGUCCGUGUGGGAGCAGCGCACCACGCAGAUGCGGCGCAACAACAUCCGCAACAGCAGCGAGGCGCUCUACAGCGAGCUGGACCCCGAGGAGCGCCAGCGCAUGUCCUCCGCCCUGCACAUCCGGCCCGACAUGAAGACCCACCUGGACCGCCCCCUGGUGGUGGAGCACCGCGACGGCCCCGUCGGAGGCGGCGCGGUGCCCCACAACCACCACCACCACCACCACAACCACCACUGGGACAAGGCUCAGGGUGAGGGGGACGGGGCUGGCGGGGUGGAAUGUGGGGGGCCGCGGAAGCAUCACCGGCACCGGGAGAGGCGCGAGGACGCCAACGGGGAGAACGGGGAGACGGGUGGGAGGGAGGGAGGCAGGGAGGGCGGGCGGCAUCACGUCCACCACAGCCGCAGCAAGGACCACGAGGGCUCGCGCUGCCGGGAGGGGAAAGGCGACCGCAGCCGGAGCCGAGAGGGGGGGCGCCGCCACCACCACCAGAGGUCUGUAGACGAGGGCGGAGGAGGAGGAGAGAGGGAGCACCACCACCACCACCACCGGCAGCAGUCCGCCGAGGGCAACGGGGUGGUCAGCAGCGGGGGCAAGAGCUUACGGCGGUCACGGCACAGGGACGGCUCGCGCUCGGGGAACCGCGACGGCGACCGCUGCUCGCGGGGAGAGAACGGAGCCAACGGGGAGAGGAACAGGCACCGGCCCCGCAGCGGCAAGUCACAGGUCACCGCCGACGGAGAGGAGGGCAGAGAGAGUGGCGAGAGGGCGGGCAGGACCCACAGGCACAGGCACACAGAUGUGGAUGGCGACUCUUUGGGGGAUCUCCGACAGCAGCCCACGCCAGGCUCACAGUGGGGAGGUGACAGAGCCGAGGACUCCGACAACCAGAGGAACGUGAAGCAGACGAGCCAGCCGGGAGGCCACAUCCCUGUCACCAUCACCUCACCGCCAGGGGAGACCACCCUCAUACCAAUGAACAGUAUAGACAGUGAGACCAUGCCAAUGACGGAGGAGAAGAGGAACCUGGACGAACUGAACCUGAUCAACACUCGCCCCAUCCUGCCCUACAGCUCCAUGUUUGUGUUCAGCCAGACCAAUCCAGUACGGCGACUGUGCCAUUACAUGGUGAGCCUGCGCUACUUUGAGAUGUGCAUCCUGGUUGUUAUCGCCAUGAGUAGUAUAGCCCUCGCUGCUGAAGACCCUGUCCAGGUCAAUGCCACCCGCAACAAUGUGCUAAAGUAUUUGGAUUAUGUCUUUACGGGAGUUUUUACAUUUGAGAUGGUGAUUAAGAUGGUCGAUCUUGGAUUGAUACUUCACCCCGGCUCUUACUUCAGGGAUCUAUGGAACAUUCUGGACUUCAUUGUGGUCAGUGGAGCGCUGGUUGCAUUUGCCUUCACAGGCACUAAAGGAAAGGAUAUCAGCACCAUUAAAUCACUGAGGGUGUUGCGAGUGUUACGGCCUCUCAAAACCAUCAAGCGUCUGCCGAAGCUUAAGGCCGUGUUCGACUGUGUGGUGAACUCCCUCAAGAACGUGCUAAACAUUCUCAUCGUCUACAUCCUCUUCAUGUUCAUCUUUGCCGUCAUCGCCGUGCAACUCUUCAAGGGCAAGUUCUUCUUCUGCACGGACGAGUCUAAAGGCCUGGAGAAGGACUGCAGGGGCCAGUUUUUGGACUACGAUAAGGACGAGGUCUCGGCCCAGCCUCGGGAGUGGAGGAAAUACGAGUUUCACUAUGACAACGUCCUCUGGGCUUUCCUCACGCUCUUCACGGUCUCUACUGGGGAGGGCUGGCCCACGGUCUUGAAGCACUCGGUGGAUGCCACAUUUGAGGACCAGGGCCCUAGUCCAGGCUACCGGAUUGAGGUGGCCUUCUUUUAUGUGGUCUACUUUGUUGUCUUCCCCUUUUUCUUCGUCAACAUCUUUGUGGCCUUGAUCAUCAUCACCUUCCAGGAACAGGGUGACAAAGCUAUGUCAGAGUGCAGUUUGGAGAAAAAUGAGAGGGCUUGUAUUGACUUUGCCAUCAAUGCAAAACCGCUGACACGCUACAUGCCCCAGAACCAGCAUUCCUUUCAGUAUAAGAUGUGGAAGUUUGUGGUUUCUCCGCCCUUCGAGUACUCCAUCAUGAUCAUGAUCGCAGUCAACACUGUGGUCCUCAUGAUGAAGUUUCAUGGAGCGCCAGACUCUUACGAGGCCAUGCUCAAGUACUUGAACAUCGUCUUCACUGCCCUCUUCUCACUCGAAUGUGUCCUCAAGAUCAUUGCCUUUGGUCCUUUGAAUUACCUGAAGGAUCCCUGGAAUGUCUUUGACUUUGUGACCGUACUGGGGAGCAUCACAGACAUCCUGGUCACCGAGAUCAAUACUACGGACCGUCUGUUGAACCUGAGCUUCCUGAGACUCUUCCGGGCGGCGCGUCUCAUUAAGUUACUCCGGCAGGGCUACACCAUCCGCAUCCUCCUCUGGACCUUUGUGCAGUCCUUUAAGGCGCUGCCUUAUGUUUGCCUUCUGAUCGCCAUGCUGUUCUUCAUCUAUGCCAUCAUUGGAAUGCAGGUUUUUGGGAACAUUGAACUCAAUGAGGACACUGCUAUCAAUCACCAUAACAACUUUCGCACCUUCCUGCAGGCUCUGAUGCUCCUCUUCAGGAGUGCCACGGGAGAAGCCUGGCAUGAAAUCAUGCUGUCCUGUCUGAGUCACCGCACCUGUGAUGUGAGGUCGGGUGUGUCCGGCAAGGAGUGCGGCAGCGACUUCGCCUACUUCUACUUCGUGUCCUUCAUCUUUCUCUGUUCUUUCUUGAUGCUGAAUUUAUUUGUAGCAGUCAUCAUGGAUAACUUUGAGUACCUCACCAGAGAUUCCUCCAUCCUGGGGCCCCAUCACCUUGAUGAGUUCAUUCGGGUUUGGGCUGAGUACGACCCGGCUGCCUGCGGCCGUAUCAAGUACCGCGAUAUGUAUGAGAUGCUGCUCCACAUGUCCCCACCCUUAGGUUUGGGGAAGAAAUGCCCACCGAGAAUCGCCUACAAGCGUCUGGUGAAGAUGAACAUGCCCAUAGCGGACGACAACACCGUCCACUUCACCUCCACCCUCAUGGCACUGAUACGCACUGCCCUGGAGAUCAAACUGGCGUCAGGUAUGGUCGCCCAGCGGCUAAGUGACGCCGAGCUGAAGAAGGAGCUGGCAACAGUAUGGCCUAACCUGUCACAGAAAACCAUGGACCUGCUGGUGACUCCACACAAACCCAACGAACUGACGGUGGGGAAGGUGUACGCCGCCUUAAUGAUCUUUGACUACUACAAGCAGACCCGGGCUCAGCGGCAGCAGCAGCAGAAGGAACAGGCUGCCGCUGCCGCCUCUGGUGGCACCACCAGCAAGGUGGGCGGCGCACUGGUCAAACCCAUACUGCCCCCCACUCACAUGCAGGACGUGGAUGUGAAGAGCGUGGACUGUCCCGCCGACGCCCAGGCACACACCAGGCCCAGCUCCACGGCGCUCAACAACGGCCGCACGCACCAAGAUGGCAACAUUCGAGGGUCCUCUUCAUGGGCCUCAGAGAAGCCACGAGAGGUCCCGAGGCCGAUUAAACGAAUCAUCCACAGGGGACCGUCAGACGAUACUGCAGAUCCAGCCACUGCCCAGGAGUCAGUAGAGUUGAGAAAGAUGGAACACAGUGGCAACAGCGGAGCCUCGUCUUGUCUGGAGAGCCAGGGGAGGGCUGUGUCCAUGCCAAAACUCAGCGCCGAGAUGCAGAGGAGCCACUCCAGACACUCUCCAGGGACGCUGCUUGCUCCAAUUCCUGACUCCAGUCCCAUGAAGCGCUCGGCGUCCACCGUUGCACCACAGCGCCCCCAGGAGGUCAACCUGCGAGACUACACCCUGGAGAAGCCCGGUCAGGAGCGGCCUCAUCACCAUCACCACCACCACCGCUGCCACCACCGCAGGGAACGCGACAAGAAGCAGAGGUCACUGGACCGCUCCCCCAGUGGACAGCCUCCCAAUAAUCUGGGCGAGCCUCCAGGGGACCCCUCGACCCGCGAGCGGACGCACGACCGGGGCCGCUCGCACGAGAGGAAGCACCAUUCGUCCUCCGGCGACAAGCAGCGCUACUACUCCUGCGACCGCUACAGCAGCAGGGAGCACUGCGCCGCCGCCGCCACCGCCACCACCAAGUCCACCACUGCCAGCUGUGCCACCUCCCCCAACGAGGCCCAUGAGCCCGGCCUCAACAAGCAGGGCAGUGGUUGGGUUAAGGGGAGCCCGGUGAUGUCCACCUCGGGGGCUAGCACCCCCAGUCGCGGCCGCAGGCAGCUGCCCCAGACUCCCCUGACCCCCCGUCCCGGCGUGGCCUACAGGACUGCCAACUCCUCCCCCGUGUUCUUUGUGGUGGGCGCUCAGGCCGGGGCGUCCGCCAGCCCCUGCCGGCUGAGCCGCGGGCAGUCCGAGCACAACGCCCUCCUGCACAGCGGCCGCGACUCGCCGUCGUCCACCCCCUUUGUGCGCAUCAGCUCGGAGCCGUUCCUGUACCCGGCCGAGCUGUACGGCGCGGCGGCACCGGCAGCAGCAGCAGCACUUCCUCCUCUUCCUCCUCUUCCUCCUCCUCCUCAGCAGCAGCAGCAGCCGCCGCCCUGCAGCUUCCGGGACGAGGUGGCCGCUUUCCAGGAGUUGGCGUCGGGCACGCGCGCCAUCGCCGUGGUGGGACACCCCCCUCCGCUGCCCCGGUCCCCCGGGGCCCACCACACGGGGCCCCUCCUCCCCCCACUGCCGCCCCAGCUGUUCCGCGGGGUGCCCAAUGGGUACCAUUUGAACAUGGGCGUCCCCGGUGGCGGCCAGAUCCCUGAGGGCAGGGUGCCCCGGUACUACCUGGAGGCAGGGGAGGACGAAUGGUGCUAGCAUGGCUUUACCACAUAGCGGAGUGUUGCAGAGGUAUUUGUUGAGGAAAUUCGAUGAGUUUUAUCAUCUUGCUCAAAGGGGUAGUAGUUUACACUGUUGUUAUUUGUUGUUGUUGUUGUUGUUGUGUGUAUGUGUGUGUAUGCAUCUGCUUUCAGCUGAGUCUGCUGAGGGGAUUCAGACAAAGGCCACCAAAGCAGUAAUAUGUAAACAUGACCUGAAAAAAGUCAAUUAUUUGUGAUGACUUGAGUUGACCUGAAAAUGAUUUUAAUGUUUUGUUUGAAACAAACAUACAGUCUAGCACAUGAACAAUAGGCCUUGGAAAGGUUUAUGUCACGAGAAAAUGGUGGAACUUGUAGGUUGUGUUGUAACACAAUGGUCUCUCCUCCUCGUUCUUGCCUUCGUGUGAGAGGUGGCACUGUGGAGGCCUCUCUCCUGAAGAGUGGGCAGAACAGUACAGGCACUUCAGUGCUCAGUUCUGCCAUUUCAAGAAGUGUUACAUCCACUGACCUGCGAACAGUAGUGUUUUCAGUGUGGACCAUUAGACAGGGUGACAAAAAAAAAAAUCACUGCUACGAGUUGCGAGGAGACGAACGUUUAGGCUUUUGAGUCCCACGGAGAAAAUGCACAACAGCUGUGUUCUGUACUCAACUUCUCUAAGAUUUGACCAUGCCUGUGUGGACGUUACAUUCUGUAUGGCAGACACACAUAUGUUACAACACAACCAGGUUUAUUUUUUAAUGGAAAGGGAGGAGGAUUGUUUUUGUUUGUUUUUGCUUGUUUGUUUUUUUUGCUGCUGUUGACCAUUCCUUGCACAAAUGUGUGAAAAUGGAGAGAGAGAGAGAGAAAUGGAUUAUAAAUUGUGUUUCCUUUUUUCUAACAUACUGUUGUGCAUAUUUUACCUAUUCAUUGUGCUUUUUGUAUAUUGUAAAAAAAUGUGUUUUAUCUAAAUUGCUUACAGUUCACCAUUUGUCAGGUCAAAUUUUUCUUAAAGACUGCUUCAGAUAUUAUUACAAAGUGCCUAACCUUUUAAAUAUAUUGUAGUAAUGAUGCAACUUCAAACUUUUUAUAGUGCAUCAACACUUGAUUGAGGGAGCAGGACAAGGCAAAAAUAGAAGUACAAGUUGAUGUAGCAGAAGGCCUUAUUUGGCUGCAUAAAUGGCACUGUAUGUUUGGGAAUGGGGAAUGUUUUCGAAUGGAAAUGACAGAAUGAUUGGUUUUUUGGGGUGAUUUUUUUUCUAACUUUUAGUCCAGCUGAAUCGGGGGGAUAUGUGUAGUUCAGAUCUGAUAAUCCUGCAGUUGUUCUAUAUUAGUCCACAUGGGACUACAUAGCCAGAGUUACACACUUUGCAUGUUUAAAUCUUGAACUUGGUCGAAAGAGGUUGUGAACACAUAGUGAAAGUGUACCUUUCUUCUUUUCUAGUAAGUCAGGACUCUAUGAGGAAGCAUUGCUAGCUAUUGCCUUCAAUUUCUAUGUUAUGUUAGCAGAACACAAGACAGAGCAUGGACUUUUGCAGGGGUAAGAAGAGAAAAG